AGGAUGGAAACUUAGCCUACAAAUGAGAUCUCAAAAUAUCUCCAUGCUUUCUAUUUCCACUUUUUCUUCUUUUCUUAGAAACCUUCCUGGAAAUUCACAUGUAUUUUCUACACUAUUUACCCUUCCAACAAAAAAGCUUAUAUAGAUAAUAGAUCCAUCUAAAAUCAUUACUCUCUUCCACAACAAAUCUUUCAACUCUUCAGCCAUGGAUGACAAAGUUGAUUGGUCUCAACUCCCCAUAGAGCUAUGGCCAAAGAUAGGAAAAUAUCUUGAUAAUCACAUAGAUGUCCUUAGAUUUCGCAGUGUUUGCGAAUCAUUUCGUUCUUCCAUCCCUCCUUCUCUUCCAAAUUCUCCAUCUUUUCCUCUACAAAUACCUCACCCCAUCCACACCUCCCUAAACACUCACCUAACCCAAUCAACCAUUUAUCUUAUUGAACCAACUGGUGCAAGUUCUACCUCCAACUUAGCAUCUUUAGCACCAUCUUCUUCUUCCAAAGGUUGGUUGAUUAAGGUACAGGAAUCAAAGAACCAACCCUUGAGUUUGUUGAGUCCUAUCUCUGACCGAAAAUUAUCAUACCCUCAAAGUAAUAACAACACUGCUUUUAAGCUGUGGAACUUGUUGGAUUAUAGGGUCGUUGAAAUAUGCAAAUCAUAUACAAAUGAAAUGAUUACACGUUUUGCAAGUUCUGUUCGCAAAGUUGUGUUCUAUCCUAACUCUCCUUGGACGAAUGUUGAAGAUUGUGUUUCUUUUUGCAUCUUUCAAGAAGGUAAAUUAGGAUUCAUGAAGCAUGGCGACCAAAACUGGAAACUUGUGGAUGACAAGAAUUUCUACUACGAUGAUGUUAUUGUUUUCAAGGGUCAGUUUUAUGUUACUGAUAAGUGGGGAACUAUUUCAUGGAUUGAUGUUUGUUCUUUGAAAUUGAUCCAAUUUUCACCUCCUUUGUGUGGUUUGGGAAACAAGAAACAUUUGGUGGAAUCUUGCGGGAGUCUUUAUGUUGUUGAUAGAUACUAUGAAAGUAGUGAAAACAUGAGAAGGAACAAUGUUGGAAGACACCGCGAUCGAGAAGCAGUUGUGGAGUGUUUCAAAGUUUAUAAGUUGGAUGAAGAAUGGGGGAAAUGGGUUGAUGUGAAAAGCUUGAGAGAUAGAGCAUUCAUUUUGAGCAAUAGUUGUAAUUUCUCGGUUUCAGCUGAAGACUUAAUUGGAUAUAAAGGGAACUGCAUCUACUUCAGGGAUACGUUUGAUAUUCGUAUGUAUAAUUUGGAUGAUCAUAGAAUAAGUAUGGUUGAUUUUAUCCUUCCAUUGACAUGAUUUUGUGGUCUCAUUCACCUUGACUGAGAUGUUGAGGACAUAGCAGAUCUAGGCCUAGCAAUUGAGUUUAAAAGGUUUGUCUUGGUUAAUGUAGUUCAAAUACUUACUGUCAGUAAAGUGAAUUGAUUGAAUCAAAGCCUAGAGAAUAGUUGUGUUUGGAAAUUGGAUGUUUUAUGAAUCCUUUAUCAAUGCUGAUAUGUGCUUUUUUGUCAUUCCAACAGCUAGAACUAGUAUUUUCAAAGAGAUCAUUGUUGUGCUACAAGUAUAUAAUGAGAUUGAACUAAAAUUUGUAGUUUGAGGAUUCAAUACUA